AUGGACAUUAUCGAGGACGGUCUUUACUUAGGUGGCCGUCCGAGAAAUUGCGACUUGCCUAAGUUAAGGAAGGCUAAGAUAAAAUCAAUCCUUACAGUUGACUUGAGUCCACUUGAAGAUGCAGUUUUUAAUUGUUAUAAACGCCUUUACAUCAAGUUGGCCGAUGACCCCUCUCAAAACAUACUGUCUGUGCUUGAGGAGGCGCUUCUUUUUGUCGAGGAAAACAUACAGGAGGGCGCAGUUUUGGUACACUGGUAGGUUUUAUUACUCCUUACAAUAUUCAUCUAUAGCCUUGCCGGCGUGUCCCGUAGUGCAACUAUCGUCAUCGCCUAUAUUAUGCGGAAAUACAGAAUUCCCUAUAAUGAGGCCUUUUAUCGAGUAACACGGAUGCGUUCAGUAUGGUAGGUUGCUUUUGAAUUUUAUUUUUAGCCCCAAUUCAGGUUUCGUUAA